GCCAUGCUCACAUAGCGUCACGACGAUGUCGUCUGAUUCCGACGACAAGAAACCAGCCAAGGAGAAAACCAUCGUAGAGCCAUUCCACGUCGUGGCCGCCGGAAGCGGAAUAAUCUGUGCAGUCGCGCUGCUUACGGGGACACUCACCUACCGGGCCGGCACCAAGGACCUUGUGGACGACGGCAUCAACCCCAGCACCCGCCUUCGUGUCAUUCCACUUGCGGCCCGCACGCUCGCGCUCAGCACCGUUCUUACUGGUUUGCUCGGCGUCGGUGGCUUCUACAUCCUAAAAGAGCAGGGCUUCUUUCGCACAGACCAGGCGGAGCUACCGUCAGCCAAAGAGGCGGCGCGCAUGCUGCGCGACCCCAGGGCAUAUGUUCGGCAGAUGCUAAAGGGCGAGCGUGGCGACGGCGAGUCGGCUGCGUGAGGGCGCCCCUUAAAGGGUCGGCCCAGAGGCAUCAGAACAUCAGCGGUGGCAGCAGCGACAGCGCGUGCCCAGUGGGUAGAGGCGGUGCACACCGCACUGCCCGCCGGCCGGCCCCCGCAGCACAGUGCAGCGGCUGCUGGGCAAUGGCGGAGGGAGGCCGCCUAUCUAGCUAGGUACCUAGCUUCCGCCAGCUAGCUACCUGCUGAACGCAGCAACGGUGGGUGCUGUGCGGAUUGGGCACGCCCCCGCAUGGGCAUCGCACCACACUGCGCGUGCGGGCGGCGCCGCACGUGCUGCGAGCUUGGGUUAGGCGCCUGCGGGCUCAAGCGCCGUGUAGGUGCCGGGCAUGUGGAAGGGGCCGGCAUGGGCUGCUGAUGGCUGGGCUACUGUGCUUGCCUGUGAGGCAGUGCCUGCAUGGGCGCACCGGGUGUCGGACACCGUGUGGGGCUGACAAACGGGCGGUCCCAACGGUUUGGGGCCCCGAUGCGAGCAGCCAGGCGGCUGCUGUAUCCAUGCAGCGCCGGCCGGCCGCCUGUGCUGUUGCCACCGAGAGGUGAGGGCCAGGCGGGUGUAUAAGAAGCUUCUGAGUGUGUUCAGACCUGCAAGGUAGGCUGCUCUACGCUGUGGGAUCGCAAGUGUUUAGGCAGCGGCAAGGCGGAGCGAGGGGUCGUGUCAUUCGCUGGGGGCUGUUGUGCGCUGAUAGUCGGGCUUCCUUGGAUGGCGGCCGCUGCGUGCGCAAUGUGCUGACAGUAUGCAUGCUGCCAAACGAGCCUUCGUGCGGACGGUGUGGCGUCGACAGUUGUGGGUUCUACGUGCGCGCGCGUAUGGCGCCAAAAAGGGCACGGCUGUAGCGCCUCGUUACGGGCCAGCACUGACUUGUUUGGUUGUUGCAGGCACUAUAUGUCCAGGCAUCCAGGCUUAUGUACAUGACGGAACGGUUCGGCUGGUUGUCGAGCAUGGGGAAGCGUUGGGCCCGGCACGGCCUGGACGAAGGGACGGGGGAGCGAAUGAAGGGCCAAACGGCGAGUUGUGCGGGGUCGACCGUCCGGCGUCGCGACCCAUCUGGCCGCGCUUUGCUCAACCUAUUCAUAUUG